AUGGGCACGGUGCUCUCCCUCUCCCCCGCCGCCUCCUCGGGCAAGGGCGGCGGCGGCGGGGGGCUGCUGGCGGAGAAGGCGCAGGGAAGGGUGCCGGGCAAGGGCGAGAGCCGGCUGAAGCGCCCCGGCGUGCUCAUCUCGGCGCUAACCUGGAAGCGGCUGGUGGCCGCCUCGGCCAAGAAGAAGAAGAGCACCAAGAAGGUGACGCCGAAGCCCGGCGGCGGGGCCCCGGGGGGAGCCCCGGGCCAGCCCGACCCGCUGGUGGUGCAGCGCAACCGCGAGAACUUGCGCAAGUCGGUGGUGGGGCCGGCCGACGGCGCCAAGCAGGGCCCGCUGGCCGUGCCGGUGCCCACGGUGCCCUCGGCGCCGCAGGAGCUGCACCCGGGCUCCGGCGGGGGAAAGCCGCCUCCGCCACCGCCGCCGGCCGGCAGCCGCCCCCCGGGCUCUCCGCGCCGCGUGGUGGUGCAGGCGUCCACCGGAGAGCUCCUGCGCUGCUUGGGGGACUUCGUGUGCCGCCGCUGCUACCGCCUGAAGGAGCUGAGCCCCGGCGAACUCAUCUCGUGGUUUCGCAGCGUGGACCGCUCGCUGCUGCUGCAGGGCUGGCAGGACCAGGGCUUCAUCACCCCGGCCAACCUGGUGUUCGUCUACCUGCUGUGCCGGGAAGCGCUGCGGGGCGAAGACAUCGGGAGCCAGGCCGAACUGCAGGCCGCCUUCCUCACCUGCCUCUAUCUCGCCUACUCCUACAUGGGCAACGAGAUCUCCUACCCGCUCAAGCCCUUCCUGGUGGAGGGAGACAAGGGGCGCUUCUGGGAGCGCUGCCUGGGCAUCAUCCAGCGCCUCAGCGCCAAGAUGCUGCGAAUCAACGCGGACCCGCACUACUUCACGCAACUCUUCCAGGACCUCAAGAGCGAGGGCGAGGGCGGAGACGGGUCCAAGCACUGGACGAUCAGCCUGGACCGCUAGGGAGGUACCAGGCCCCCGGCGCCGGGGGCGGAAGGGGCCGCGCACCGAGGGGCGGGGGAGGCGAAGGACUGUCGGAUUCACCCCCCUGCCCCCGCAUCCUCCUCGCCUUCCCCCUUCCCCAGCCGUCAGUUCCACGGAGACGCUGCUUGGACCCUCCCUGCUCCGG